GUCAGCGAGUGGUUGUGUGACAAUCCAUGCCCGCAGAGUUCACCCGUUGGAAACUCCACACACGCUCUGCUACAACCCCACUGGGUUCGAGUUCUUCAGACACGUGAAUUCUUCCAAAGAAAGUCAAAAGUUUUCGUGUGAAAAUAAUGGAGAGAAGUAUAACUGCAGAAGUGCUUGAGCAGGGCCGGAGCAAUGGAGUCGCAACACAGGCACGCAUGUUCCCGCCCAGACACCAUCCAUUCUACAGCCAGGCCAUGAUGUCAGCUCUAUCCCUCGACCACGCAAGGCGACAAGAAAUAUUCCGUCGCCUCGAGAUGAUGAACGGCCUGGAUGGGUACGACUCGGAUGAGAUGGACGGCGACCAGAUCCGCGAGGACGACGACGAUGACGAAGAGGCGACACAAGUCCGAGGCAGCAGGGAGAUCGACCUCUCGAUGGGCCACCGGAGUAAGAUCCGUCUGUGCCCACACCCCGUGUUCACCCCGAGACACCGCAAGACCACACCGCCCCCUUUAAAUAACGGUAGCCCGAGUCGGUAUGAGCCUCGCAGCAACGAUGAACGAAGGAACUCACUGUCCCCUGUUUCAAUGGUCAGAGACUUGUCCUCAAGGAGUGAGAACUCCACCGAGAAACCCUCAGCCACGUCCCCUGUAAGGUCCACCAGCGAGAGGUGUAACAGUGAGGGGUACGCUUUCGAGAGGAGGAGCCUCUCAUCCGACGAGGAACUGAACUCUGGUAGCAAUAACCUGCCCGAGGACUACUCAAUGAAACUGGAGAAGCCCACCAAGGAGGGGUCCAUGUUUUCCGAGGACGAGAGCGAAUUCCCUCAGGAAACCAAGCCGCCCGUGUCGCCUUCAUUGUUCAAAGAGUCGACGAAGUUGGAGAGGGGAGGACAGUCGGAGUGGACAUUUGAAGAGCAAUUUAAGCAGUUGUACGAGCUAUCCGAAGAUCCCAAGAGAAAAGACUUUCUGGAUGAACUGUUUUUAUUUAUGCAGAAACGUGGUACACCAGUCAACCGUAUUCCGAUAAUGGCAAAGCAAGUACUGGACCUGUACGAGCUCUUCAAUCUGGUGACGUCCAAGGGUGGUUUGGUGGAGGUUAUCAAUAAGAAACAAUGGCGUGAGAUAACAAAGGGUCUGAACCUCCCAGCUUCCAUCACAAGUGCUGCCUUCACCCUGCGAACACAGUACAUGAAAUAUUUGUACCCGUACGAGUGCGAGAAACGUCAGCUCAGCACCCCGUCUGAAUUGCAGUCCGCCAUCGAUGGUAACCGACGCGAGGGACGGCGACAGGUCUACAAUAACACCAAUGCUGCCUUCGGUCUGUCCCCACACUCCCCACCGCUACCUACAAUGAUUCCUCACCCGUCGGUCAUUCCUCUUGGCAGCAGAGAGUCUCCAGAAUUUGAUGAUGAACGUGAUGCAAGAGAUAUGCAAUACCCACGGGCCUUCAUCCAGCCACGCCUCAGCAAGCACCCCAUGAAACACUCUCUCUACGAUGAGCCGAUCACCCCACCUGCAAAGCGCCCUCUGUUGACUGAAGAGCAGCAUCACCGCUACUUGAUGCAGCAGCAACAUCAGAUGGCACCACCUGCCGCUCAUAUAAAGGUUACAAGCAGUCAUGCUCAACGUGAGACCGGACUGCCCCUCUUUGAGCUCCGAGGUGAUAACUCCCUAGUCGUGAGCAUUGAGCUGAACGGGGUCCUCUACCAGGGGGUGCUGUACCCACGAGGUACACCCCUUCAUGUCCUGACGAGCAGAGCAGCAGGUUCCUCAUCUUGAGAGAGAUGUCGAGAACAAGAUCAACAAGAGGGAGUCAUAUCUUUAGGAGAAGUUUCUUUGUGCACAAAACCUCAGGCCUGGGGGUUUUCCGUCAAAAGCUACCAAAGGUGUCCAGUGUCUUUGAAGCAUCGUAUAUUAUAAGCAGUAAGGUGAACAUACUGUACAAUUUAUGCAAUAUAUACGUUUUUGUAUAUAAAGUGAUUUGUUUAACUGCUUAAAUUCAAUCAUUUCUGUAGACAGUUGUUGUACACGUUCACUUCGUUGGUAGAUGACGGGAAGGGUACAAUGCAUCAUUCGAAUAGUAUGGCCACCACUGUUGACCAGCUCCCUGUAUUCACUAUAUGACUGUGAAACAAAAUAAACUCAAGGGAUCUGUCUAACUCCUGUACGUUGUUGAAAAUAAUGUGCAUAAAUAAGUCAUCUUGUGUUUGGUAUUCCUCGAAAACAAGAAAGAAAGUAUUUUGAUGGUUUCAUAAACAGUUUUGUUGAUUAAACAUGACUGUCAAUUACAUUAUGUGCAAACGGGAAAGCUUUUCAGAUGUAAAUAUAAUAUACAAUUAGUUUUAUUUAGUAUUUUUAGGAAUUUUAGGACUUUACUAGACAGGAACAAAUUGUGUUUUUAACCCAUAUGAAAAACCUUUUUGGUUUUAGAUGUUUGAAAAUUUGAUAUUUUUCUCGUUUAAAUAUUGUUCACAAGUCUUUCCUUUCAUCAUAUAUCAGCUGGUUAGAAAAGGAAGAAAACAGAAGAUAGUCUGUUGUGCCUUUUUGUUGCAAUAAAGUACAAAUAACUUUGUAAAUGCUGACCACUAUUUUAAUGUAUAUGUAAGAAAAGCAAUAAUUAAAUAAUUAC